GGUCACAUGACUGGGCAGGGCCUAUAGGUGUGGCUGGCUAGUCUGUUAAACUGGGAUUACUCCAGAACACAGUUCCCUUCCUCUCUGCCCUGCUUCACUUCUCUCAUCCUCCCACUUGACACCACAGAAGGGAAAGCCGAAAGAGAAUGGGAACCACCUGUGGGCACAGGAAACUCACCUGACAUUGGGAACGGAGCCAGAUCUCCAGCGGGGGCCCCCUGAGUGUCUGCCAUGUCCACCGAGAUGGACGAGCAAGCGAACCCUCUGGAGAGAGACCACUCCCUGUGCGUGGUUCUCCCAGGGGGACAAGAGAAGAAUGCCACAGUGCACGGAAGCACACCGGUGAUGGACUUACUGAUCACCCUGUGUGCGAGCUACCACCUGAAUCCCUCGGACUACACGGUGGAGUUUCUCUCACGCAACAAGAACAACAUCAGCUUCAAGCCAAACUUUCCCGUCGGCUUGCUGGAAGCAGAGAAGAUAGUGUUAAAGCCCAGAGGCGCCGAGGAAAAAAUCAAACGGCCGUACAUGCCAGAGGCAACAGUACGUCUGCUGAUCAACUACAAUAAGUCCCACAAAACGGUGGUGCGAGUGAGUCCCAGACUGCCUCUUGAGAUGCUGCUGCCGGCCGUGUGUGACAAGUGUGAGUUCAACACGGAAACUACCAUCUUACUGAGAGACUCCCGGUCCAAAGAGCCUCUGGAUGUGACGAAGAGCUUGAAUGAUCUUGGGCUGAGGGAAGUUUUUGCCAGAGACACGGCAGCCAGGGACCCCGCAGAACACCGGCGUAGGAGCACUGGAGCAGCUGUCACGCAAACGGAGGCCAUUUCAACGCCCCCGCCACAAGAGCUGCCAAAGACGGAAAGGAAGCAGCAAAACAACAGGGGGUUUUUCAGCCUAUUUCGAAGAAAGGCCAAGAAAGCUAACAUGGACGGAGCAUCGAGCGCUCCAGCUUCUCCCGGUCGCAGCAAACAGUCGGGAGCCAGCGGGAACUCUGAGAACAUCCCCACCUCCAACACCCUGCCCGCGGACAUGCCCAAGAAGAGGCGCGCCCCUCUGCCGCCCAUGGGGGCGUCGCAGAGCGUCCCCAACAACCUGAGCAGCUGUCACCUGAAGGGAGCACAGAGGUCAGCGGAAUGUACCUUGAGGAGUACCAAGAGGAGGGCGCCACCUCCCCCCUGUGCAAACACGCACCGACAGCUAGAGCCAGACAGUGAUAUUAGAGACUCCUUGAGCCCACUGGAGGAAGAGAGAAACAGUGAUGAGUCCAACUCUGUAAACCUGUCGCUGUCCUCGGGCUCAUCGCGGCGUCCUUCCCAGUCCCAGCCUUCCUCCUCGUCCCCUCGUCCAUCGCUGGCUCCUCUCCAUGAGGCCACCGAUCCCCGUGUGCCCAAGUUCCGAGGGAAAGACUUGUUUGAUGCCCGCGCUGCCCUUGCCAAAGUCCUGACCUCUUCAGUUUCCAAAGGAACUCUGGCCAAGCGCUUGAGGAAUUCCAAUGCCUUCUCGAAAUUCCACGUCCCCUCGUGUGUGUCCAGGACUCCCGAGUGUCCGGACGAUGCUGCUUUCUGUGCCGAGCUCGAGUCCGCUUUCAGGUCGAACCUUCCGACCGAAGGCGAGUGGGAGGACCCGGUGGAAAAGAGGGGGGUAACUACGUUCAGCGUGGUCCCCCCGAAAACACUGGUCUCCUGUGAGGCCGAGGUCACUGUGAACUUUCCAGAGCGGCCCCACUUAACAGGACAAGAAAGCCCAUCGACUGAAUCCCCAGAGAAUAAUCGGCCAGAGACGGGGGAAACCCCCGGGUCACCUGACAGGCCGGAGAGUGAGAGCACGUUUCCCAGCCCAGAACCAGCUUCUCCAAAGAUCCAGUCGGAAGAUGGCUCCACUUCCAACCCACCCGCAUGUGAUUCAGAUGAUGAUAACUGUCCAGAAAGCUCUCUCCCUGAGGUCAGUGGUGCCAUAAUGCAACAGGAGGAAGAGAUGGAACCGGACGCUGUAUCCUCAGACUGCAGGAAUGAAGAAUCUGGUGCUGAAAGUCACAUAAACCCAGAAGACGUGCAGGAAGACGUGGUCCAGGAUAGUCCCUGCUCUGGUGAGGAGAAAGUCGAGGAGGAUGCUGUGGAAGAGGAAGAGGAAGAAGAAAAAGAAGAAACAGAAGAAGCAGAAGAAGCAGAAGCAGAAGCAAAAGAAGAAGAAGAAGAAAUUAGCUUUCCUACCCCUCCUCCACCGGUCCAUUAUAAAGAAGAUUCGGAGAAAGACGGAGAAGAGCCCGCCGCCUCCUCCCCGCCAUAUUUCCACGCGGCGCGGCCAGACUCAAACGGGCACGCAGCAGCCAGUGGCGACGCUCGUAACGACGACUCUACCUCAGCCCCGGCUCCUCAGCCCGCCGACAGUGCAAACGUGGCCCCGUCCAGAUUUGCGCAGGCAGUCGCCAUGGCCAUCCAGAGGUCUCGGCUCCUCAGCUUCGGUAAGGCUCUGGGCCCUCAAGUGUCCAGCAGCCCGCACAGCACCUUUCCAUCAGCGCCCAGAUCCACUUACCAGUACGGUGCCUGA